GGCAGAUGGACUGAGCAUCUCUUGCAGUAUAUAGGUCACAUUGCAAGUUGUUUGGUAUCCUGUACUUUUCUCCAGUCAUAAAACCACAUCUACAUUGCAGAGAACGUUUUCCGUAACCCUCUCUUACGAGUAAUAUCAAUCUGCGCGCCUAGUGGAAAUGGAUGACAGUACCCCCAAGUGUUAUAUUUCUCAUGAACAUUGCGACAUGGAAAAGCAGCAUUUUUCAGACUUGGAAAAGGUCGAGGGACCGAUAUUAGAAUCGGAAGAGGAAGAAACAUUGGGUCCCGACGAAGUCGCUCUUGAGUUACUUAUCGUCUCCCUUAACUGGACACUGUUCUCAGCUUUGAUAACGGGGUUAGUUUGGUUCAACGCGCCACGACUAGAUUCUCCUGACAACAUCGAGGUCCCUACGCACGAAUCUCAACCGCCUUCGCUGCGUUAUACGCUCUCACGCGGAGCCUUCUCUGUCGGCAGCUCACUGAGUUUCUGCGUCGUACUCCUCAUCGUUUUGGGCAAGAUCCUCAUGCGCCAGCGCACGCUCACUCUGAAAUUCCCGCCUUUUGGCCCUCGUCGCCUCCCCAAGCAUAGGGUUCAACAUCUACGUGCGAUACCAGCAUCCAUGCCUCCAUGGUUCAUGAAGCUUUUGAAGUCACUGCAGCUUACCUUUCCAUUCAUUCAGUUUAUGAUCACUAUAGCAAUACUCUCGCUCGUCUGGUUCUUUUAGUGUCCCACCCUUCCCAGGGUUCUUGCCAAUUGUUCUUUACUGUCUUAUAUGAGAAAGAUCCUUUAUAUCGCCCAGUUCUCGGAAUGAAGUUUAUGUUUACCAACGUUAUCCUUCAUUUGGAGGCUGGCAGUCCUCACUGCGCUGCCGCAUGAACAGACCAUCCCAGACUUUGCCUGUCCGUUUUUUUUUACCAUGCAUACAAAUAAAUUCAUCCCAUGUUUAUUCUACC